GGCCAUUUUCAAAUCUCAUUGGCUUGGUUGUCAUGUGGUCGGCAGAGGCAUCCACAAUUACACGGGGAAUGUUUUCCUAGAGAUGUCAGCCUACAAAGGACACAAUCUCUCUUCUUCAAAUUCCUCCCCAAAAUGUCCUUUCCCAACAGCUCUCCUGCUGCUAAUACUUUUUUAGUAGAUUCCUUGAUCAGUGCCUGCAGGAGUGACAGUUUUUAUUCGAGCAGCGCCAGCAUGUACAUGCCACCACCUAGCGCAGACAUGGGGACCUAUGGAAUGCAAACCUGUGGACUGCUCCCGUCUCUGGCCAAAAGAGAAGUGAACCACCAAAAUAUGGGUAUGAAUGUGCAUCCUUAUAUACCUCAAGUAGACAGUUGGACAGACCCGAACAGAUCUUGUCGAAUAGAGCAACCUGUUACACAGCAAGUCCCCACUUGCUCCUUCACCACCAACAUUAAGGAAGAAUCCAAUUGCUGCAUGUAUUCUGAUAAGCGCAACAAACUCAUUUCUGCUGAGGUCCCUUCGUACCAGAGGCUGGUCCCUGAGUCCUGUCCCGUUGAGAACCCCGAGGUUCCUGUCCCUGGAUAUUUUAGACUGAGUCAGACCUACGCCACCGGGAAAACCCAAGAGUACAAUAACAGCCCCGAAGGCAGCUCCACAGUCAUGCUCCAGCUCAACCCUCGCGGCGCGGCCAAGCCGCAGCUCUCGGCCGCCCAGCUGCAGAUGGAAAAGAAGAUGAACGAGCCUGUGAGCGGCCAGGAGCCCACCAAAGUCUCCCAGGUGGAGAGCCCCGAGGCCAAGGGCGGCCUUCCGGAAGAGAGGAGCUGCCUGGCUGAGGUCUCCGUGUCCAGUCCCGAAGUACAGGAGAAGGAAAGCAAAGAGGAAAUCAAGUCUGAUACUCCAACCAGCAAUUGGCUCACUGCAAAGAGUGGCAGAAAGAAGAGGUGCCCUUACACUAAGCACCAAACGCUGGAAUUAGAAAAAGAGUUCUUGUUCAAUAUGUACCUCACCCGAGAGCGCCGCCUAGAGAUCAGUAAGAGCGUUAACCUCACCGACAGGCAGGUCAAGAUUUGGUUUCAAAACCGCCGAAUGAAACUCAAGAAGAUGAGCCGAGAGAACCGGAUCCGAGAACUGACCGCCAACCUCACCUUCUCUUAGGUCCCAGGCCCGUCGGAGGCCAGGAUCGGAGAGGGGGCACCGCGUUCCAGGGCCGAGUGCUGGAGGACUGGGAAGGCGGAAACAAAACCUUCAUUGCUCUUUGUUUUUUGUUUUGUUUUGUUUUGUUUCCUGCUAGAAUGUGACUUUGGGGUCAUUCUGUUCGUGCUGCAAGUGAUCUGUAAUCCCUAUGAGUAUAUAUAUUAAAGAAAACUAGCACGUGUAAUUUAUUAUUUUUUCAUCGUAAUGCAGGGUAACUAUUACUGCGCAUUUUCAUUUGGGUCUUAACUUAUUGGAACUGUACAGCCUCCAUCGGUCCAUUCAUCCAUCCAGCAAUGUGACUUUUUCAUGUUUUUCCUAACACAAAAGGUCUGUGUGUGUGGUUAGUCCAUGAUCUCAUGGCGUUUUGAAUACAUCCAGUACUUUAAAGUACUUAAAUUACAUAUAUAUUUAAAAAAGAUUACGAAAACCCACAAGCUUUGGGGGGAGGGGGACUAAAAAAGCACAUUACAAUGUAUCUUUUCACAAAUGAACUUAGCAAUUGUCCUUGGUGAGAUGGAAUAUUGACGACUUAUGCCUUGUAGCCUUCCCUUGUGGUGCAUCUGUGGUUUGGUAGAAGUACAACAGCAACCUGUCCUUUCUGUGCAUGUUCUGGUCGCAUGUAUAAUGCAAUAAACUCUGGAAACGA